UGUCGAAUCAGAGGUACGCAGCACUGAACGUUUAGGAGGGUACCAUGGACGUUCGUCGGAUCCAUAAAUGGACUGUGCACUGCUCGCAACACCACCAGGUCUAAUGUGUCCUUCCCAAGCGACACCAUCGAAAGAAUGCGGCUGCUUACUUAUACAACUUUGUUCUGGUUUAUCCUCAAAGCAGGGCUGGCACUGCAGAUCCAGUGUUAUCAGUGUGAAGAGGUCACUCACAAUGACUGCUCCACACCCGAGUUCAUCGUCAACUGCACUGUCAACGUGCAGGACAUGUGUCAGAAGGAGGUGCUGGUGAAGGAAGACGGAAAACACUACCGCAAGUCCUGUGCCUCGUCUGGUGCCUGCCUCAUCGCCUCCUCUGGCUACCAGCAGUUCUGCACGGGGAAACUCAACUCAGUGUGCAUCAGCUGCUGCAACACACCCCUCUGUAAUGGACCGCGUCAGAAGAAACAGAGUUCCAGAAAAAGAGUUCCCUCUGCUGCCUCAUCUCUAAUCCCACCACACAGCCUCGCCCUCAUUUUUAUUCCCUUCCUCCUGCACCCAUCCUCCAUAUUCUGCUGACAGAGCCUAUGAUUGGCUGGUUUGGUCUCAUCAAGACUGUGGUCCAGCUUUUGGACUCAGCCUGUGUUUCAGUGAAAGGUUUCCCAGCCUGUACGGUGUCCAUAUCUUUAAUGGAUGUGUGACACUUUCCUAACAUGGACACCGUAUUUAGAAAAUGUCCUAAUAUGGACAGUAACUUGGGGUCUAAAGGCAUUGACUGAAAUGAGGUAUUGAUCCUGACAAAUAUGUUUAUCGAGUGAGUCAGGUGCACCACAUGUUUGAUAGACAAUAGGCAGGUUAACCAAUGACCCAAGUUUAUUUGACAAAAGCAAGCUAUGUGUAAUGGAAACGGAAGAUAUAGAUCGACAAACAUUUUAUCCAUUUGACAGGGGUGUAUUUAUCUUUUGCUGAACUUUCCUUAUUGCUACAAUGAUGAUGGAAACAGUGUUUUUAAAAAUAAAUGCUGAUUGCCACCAGUCAAAAGUUUGGACAGACCUACUCAUUCCAGGAUUUUUCUUUAUUUUGACUAUUUUCUACAUUGUAGAAUAAUAGUGGACACAUCAAAACUAUGAAAUAACACAUAGAAUCAUGUGGUAACCAAAAAGGCGUUAAACAAAUCAACAUAUAUCUUCAAUUUGAGAUUCUUCAAAGUAGCCUCCAUUUGCCCUGAUGACAGCUUUUUGCACCCUCUUGGCAUUCUCUCAACCAGCUUCAUGAGGUAUUUACCUGGAAUGCAUUUCAAUUUUAACAGGUGUGCCUUGUUAAAAGUUAAUUUGUGGAAUUUCUUUCCUUCUUAAUGCAUUUGAGCCAAUCAGUUGCGUUGUGACAAGGUAGAGUUGGUAUACAGAAGAUAACCCUAUUUGGUAAAAGCCCACGUCUAUAUUAUGGCAAGAACAGCUCAAAUAAUCAAAGAGAAACAACAGCCCUCUGUUAAUUUAAGACAUGAAGGUCAGUCAAUGCGGAGCAUUUCAAGAACUUUGAAAGUUUCUUCAAGUGCAGUCGCAGAAACCAUCAAGCGCUAUGAUGAAACUGGCUCUCAUGAGGACCGCACAGGAAUGGAAGACUCAGAGUUACAUCUGCUACAGAGGAUAAUAUCAUUAGAGUUACGAGCCUCAGAAAUUGCAGCCCAAAUAAAUGCUUCAUAGAGUUCAAGUAACAGACACAUCUCAACAUCAACUGUUCAGAGGAAACUGUGUGAAUCAGGUCUUCAUGGUUGAAUUGCUGCAAAGAAACCACUACUAAAGGACACCAAUAAGAAGAAGAGACUUGCUUGAGCCAAGAAACAUGAGCAAUGGACAUUAGACCGGUGGAAAUCUGUCCUUCGGUCUGAUGACUCCAAAUUUGAGAUUUUUGGACUCAUCCACUCUGUCUCUGUGAGACGCAGAGUAGGUGAACGGAUGAUUUCCACAUUUGUGGUUCCCACCGUGAAGCAUGGAGGAGGAGGUGUGAUGGCGUGGUGGCGUGGAGUUGCUUUGCUGGUUACACUGUCAGUGAUUUAUUUAGAAUUCAAGGCACACUUAACCAUGGCUACCACAGCAUUCUGCAGCGAUACGCCAUCCCAUCUGGUUUGAGCUUAGUGGUUUGAGCUUAUCAUUUAUUUUUCAACAGGACAAUGACCAACACGCUUCCAGGCUGUGUAAGGGCUAUUUGACCAAGAAGAAGAGUGAUGGAGUGCUGCAUCCGAUGACCAGGCCUCCACAAUCCCCCAACCUCAACCUAAUUGAGAUGGUUUGGGAUGAGUUGGACCGUGGAGUGAAGGAAAAGCAGCCAACAGGGGCUCAGCAUAUGUGGGAACUCCUUCAAGACUGUUGGAAAAGCAUUCCAGGUGAAGCUGGUUGAGAGAAUGCCAAGCGUGUGCAUGGCUGUCAUAAAGGCAAAGGGUGGCUACUUUGAGGAAUCUCAAAUAUAAAAUAUAUUUUGAUUUGUUUAACACUUUUUUGGUUAGAACAUGAUUCCAUAUGUGUUAUUUCAUAGUUUUGAUGUAUUCACUAUUAUUCUGCCAUGUGUAAAAUAGUAAAAAUAAAGAAAAAUCCUUGAACUAAUAGCUGUGUCCAAACUUUUGACUAGUACUGUAUGCUGGGCACAUGAUGUCAUCGCAUUACUUUAAAGCUCCACUCCACGUUUAGUUCUAAAUGCCAACUGCUUGCAACAACAACAAAAAAUACUAUAAAAUUAAUGUUUCUUUGCAGGACAAGGAUUGUCCUGACUUUCACAAAGGCCUGAAUUGCUUUGCCUAGCUUUUCUUGCCCUGCUGGCAAGUUUUACCAUCCAAUUAUUUCAGAUCUACAUUAGUGUAAGUUUCACCAUGGCAUGGACGGUGGCAGUACGUUGGCACAUGAUAAUUAUUAUAAUGUGGCAAAUAUUAGUAAAUGAUUUCAUUUUAUCAACGUUGCUGGCUUUUGCAAGCCUACCUGAGAAAUUAAACAAAUAGGUGGGAGGGCAUACUGGCUGUCGCCAAAUUAUUAAUGCGCUAUUUGCCUAAAUGUGUAAUAGAAUCACUUAAACCACAUUUUAUUAGACAAUGUAGGUUUUUGCUAAAAAACAAAAGUUUUUUUAGGUGUGACAUCACUAUGUACAGCUGUUUUUAUUGACACAAGAUAGUUAAUUGGAAACCGUAACAGGCAAUUGUCACAUGUAUUUUCUAUGCAGACUUUCUAAAUGUCAACAAAAAAAAUCACUGGACAA